UCUCAGGAUCUUAUUUGACUGUGGCCGGUGUGUUCUUUUACCAGCCCUACUGGCUGAAUCGCUGGGCCGAGGCCGCUUCCCAGAGGGUCUUCUAGACCGGGCAAAGGACAGUGAGGAGAAUAGGACCCCCUCUACGCUUGUGAGUGAGCCGUGACCCCGCCUCCAACGGGGUUGUCCCCAGCACUCUGGAGUCUUGGCACCAGCCCCUCGUCCCCCGCUGCUCCCGGAGGUGGUGCCCUGGACCUUGUGCACAAUUUACUCGGCAGGGACUGCGGUCCCAGGCCACUGAGCCAGCCCUGCUGUGAGGGGUCAGCCAAGCCUGUGGGACCAGCUUCUGUCACCGCCGCUCGCGGUCUCGCUCCGCCCACUGGGCCCCAUGGCGGCGCAGGCGCCGGUGAGUGAAUGGUGCGCAGGCCUGGGCGCACCAGGGGCGCAGUCUAUCCUGUGUUGACCGCGGUGAUGCAUUGGUAUCAUUUGAAGAUGUGGCUGUGACCUUCACUGAGGAGGAAUGGAGACAUCUGGACCUGGCCCAGAGGACCUUAUACCUGGAGGUGAUGCUGGAGACUUGUGGACUCCUGGUCUCGCUGGGGCAUCCUGUUCCCAAAUCAGAGCUUAUCUACCUACUGGAACAUGGGAAAGAACUAUGGACAGUGACAAGAGGCCUCUCCAAAAGCACCUAUACAGAUACAAGCAACAUUUCUGUUGGGAAUAUACAUAUGAGUGGACUGGCUGGAUCAUGUACACUAUGUAUGAUAGCUCUAAUGGAAAGCUCCAAACAGUUUCAAAGUGACUGCAGUUUCACAUUCCCACCAGCUGUGUAUGAGUCCUCAUCGCUCCACAUACCUGGUGAAAAAGCAAAACCUGAGACCACAGAGCUUACUGCUUCUCAGCUGGCCUUCACAGUCCCUGUUGAGGGACCAGCACCACAGGGAGCCUCAAGAGAUUCCAGGUUGGGGCAAGUGAAGGAUCAGGAAAACCCAUCAGAAAUGCAUGAAGGGAAUUUAAGGCCAGGAAUAGACACUCACAAAGAGACAUGCCCUAGGAAGUUGGGCCAUAAACAUGAUUUGGAGACAGAUGAUAGUUUGUGUUUAACAGUUUUACGGAAGCAAGUCACUAUACAAGAUGCUCUGCAUGAACAUUCCCAAGGACCAGGAAAAGACCCUGUGGUUGAUGCAAGGAAUAACCUCUACAAAUGCAAGGACUGUGGAAAAGGGUUUAGCAAGAAUUGGGCCCUUGUUCGGCAUCAACAGAUUCAUGCUGGAGUGAAGCCUUAUGAAUGCAGUGAAUGUGGGAAAACCUGCCGUUACAUGGCAGACUUCAUUCGACAUAUGAGGCUUCACACUGGAGAAAAACCAUACAAGUGUAUGGAUUGUGGGAAGGCCUUCAAACGCAGGUCUCACCUCACAGAGCACCAGCGUGUUCACACUGGAGAUAAGCCCUAUGAGUGCAAAGAAUGUGGUAAAGCUUUCACCCACCGCUCCUCUUUUAUCCAGCAUAAUAUGACCCACACUAGAGAAAGGCCCUUUUUGUGCAAAGAAUGUGGGAAAGCUUUUUACUAUAGCUCUUCCUUUGCUCAACAUAUGAGGAUUCACACUGGAAAAAAACUCUAUGAGUGCAGUGAAUGUGGAAAGGCCUUUACUCACCGCUCCACUUUCAUCCAGCAUAAUAUGACCCACACAGGAGAAAAACCCUUUCUGUGCAAAGAAUGUGGAAAAGCUUUUUGCCUCAAUUCGUCCUUCACUCAACACAUGAGGAUUCACACUGGAGAGAAACCCUAUGAGUGCAGUGAAUGUGGAAAGGCCUUUACUCACCGCUCCACCUUUAUCCGACAUAAGAGGACCCAUACUGGAGAGAAACCCUUUGAGUGCAAAGAGUGUGGGAAAGCCUUUUGCGACAGCUCUUCCUUAAUUCAACACAUAAGGAUUCACACUGGUGAGAGGCCCUAUGAGUGCAGGGAAUGUGGAAAGGCCUUUACACACCACUCUGUUUUUAUCCGACAUAAUAGGACCCACAGUGGAGAAAAACCCUUGGAAUGUAAAGAAUGUGCGAAAGCCUUUUACUAUAGCUCUUCUUUUACUCGACAUAUGAGGAUUCACACUGGCGAGAGGCCCUAUGUAUGCAGAGAAUGUGGAAAGGCCUUUACCCAACCUGCAAAUUUUGUUCGGCAUAAUAGAAUCCACACUGGAGAAAAACCCUAUGAGUGCAAAGAAUGUGAGAAGGCCUUCUGUGACAACUUUGCCUUAACUCAACACGUGAGAACUCACACUGGAGAGAAACCUUUUGAAUGUGGUGAAUGUGGAAAGACCUUCAGCCACAGUUCAUCUUUCACUCACCAUCGAAAGAUUCAUACCAGAGUUUAAAAAAUGUGGGAAGGCUUUUGAAAGUGUGUUCACUUCAGUCAAUUUUAGUGAAUUCAUACUGAUGAAAUACCUUUCCUUGUGUAUAUAAUUAUUCAGGAAAAUCUUCUGGCUAGAGAAAUAGCUUAUUGUCUGAUAAUUUGUAGUGAAGAAAAACAUAACAAGUGUCAUCCUCUGAAAGCUUUUUGUGGCAAGUAAUCUAAAGGGUCAUAUUAGUAAUUGGCCCAGCCUAUAGCCUUAUACUUACACCUGAAAAUCAUCCAUGAGAGAGAUUCAGUAAUCAUGCAUUUAGGAAAACUGCCAGCAAUAAUUCUUCCCAUAUUUAUACUACAAAUCCAUCUCAAGAGUAUUUUUAAAAGAAAAGAGGUAAAGGAGGAGAUGUCGAAGAGAAAAAAGGCAUAUAUGUUUUCUUUCUAGUUUCUCGGCCAAGCCUAUGACAAUCUGUCACUGGGGCUGGUGGGGUGGGGGCUUGAGGGGUAUGAGAGAUAAAAAGGCUUCAUCCCUUGUAUGUGUUUUUCAUAUAUCCGAAAUCAGGAAAGUUAGGCCAUGAAGGGCAGCUCUGCCAACAUUUAUUAAAAGUAUUCUUGAUUACGAAACCUCUUCAUGUCUACCUUUGCGGAGCAUAAGUCUUCCUGAGAAAUAUAAAGGCCUGGAGUCAUGAAAUAAUUACACACACAGUCAAUUCCUGUUAGUCAUGAUAGUUACACUCUGUAAACUUACCAGAAACUAUUAAUGAAAAAUGAAAUACAGAUUUAGGUUCCUAUGAGCCUCUAUUCUCAACAUUUUCACCAACUAAUCAAUGCAUAACCUUUUAUGGAAUUUUUUUUUCUAUUUAAAGACACCUUACUUGAUAUAAAUCAUAUGCAGUAUUUCAUUCUAAUAAAAGUAUUUCAAUUAUGUCA